AGCCCUCAUCAUAGCUCUGCAACUCAGAACGGCAACUGCUGAGACCACCUUAAAGUAGGAUGGUCCUGAACAGAGCUCUGAUUCUGGGGACCCUCACCCUGACCAUCAUGAUGAGCCCCUGUGGAGGUGAAGACAUUGUGGCUGACCACGUUGCAUCCUAUGGCACAACUAUCUACCAGUCUUUUGGGCCCUCUGGCCAGUACACCCAAGAAUUUGAUGGAGAUGAGCUGUUUUAUGUGGACCUGGAGAAGAAGGAGACUGUCUGGCGGCUGCCUGUGUUUAGCGAAUUCGCAGGUUUUGACCCACAGGGUGCCCUGAGAAACAUAGCUGUGGCGAAACAUAACUUGGAUAUCCUGAUUAAACGCUCCAACUUUACCCCUGUUACCAAUGAGGUUCCUGAGGUGACUGUGUUUUCUAAGUUCCCUGUGUUGCUGCGUCAACCCAACACCCUCAUCUGUCUUGUGGACAACAUCUAUCCUCCUGUGAUCAACAUCACAUGGUUGAGGAACGGACACACAGUCAGAGAGGGUGUUUCUGAGAUCAGCUUCCUCACGAAGAAUGAUCUUUCCUUCCUCAAGAUCAGUUAUCUCACCUUCCUGCCUUCUGAUGAUGAUGUUUAUGACUGCAAAGUGGAACACUGGGGCCUGGAUGAGCCACUGCUGAAACACUGGGAACCUGAGAUUCCAACCCCUAUGUCAGAGCUGACAGAGACUGUGGUCUGCGCCCUGGGGUUGACUGUGGGCCUCGUAGGCAUCGUGGUGGGCACCGUCUUCAUCAUCCAAGGCCUGCGCUCAGGUGGUCCCUCCAGACACCAAGGGCCCUUGUGAGUUGCACCCUAGAAGGGAAGGUGCACUGCCCGUCUACCAGAGCAGAAGAGUGGACAUGCUAGGUGACCUAGAACUAUCUUCAUAUAGCUUCUCUCUUCUUACACUCCUCCUCUCACCUCUUCUCUGGGACUUAUCCCUUAAAGCUCACAUAUACCUCGGAAUUCUCCCCCUGACCACCUGAUGAUUUUUUUCUGUUCUCAAUAGUUACAUACCAUGGGAUCACUGGCGUAUUCCACCCAGUUACCUAAUCCCUAGUGACCCUGAUCCAGUAUCAUCAUGGAAGCAAUGAAUCCUCCUUUUAUUGAAACUUUUCCUGUCUUUCAUCUCAAGGCUGACUAGGACCUUGUUCCCUUAUGCUUUAGGCCCCUUAAUUUCGUUUCUCAGAUCAUGUUUCAUGCCCAGUAACACAAGAGCAACCUGUGUAGCCUAAUAAUAUGUUGUUAUCUUAGCUGAGAUUAUUAUUUCUCUCUUCCUUCUGUUCCCAUUCUUGGCACUGUCACCCACCCCCCUAAUUCAGACAUCAUUGAAGAUAAUAUAUACUCUUCUCCCAUGGUGUAGAUUUGUUAUAGCAGAAAUAUAAAAACCAAGAAAUAAGUCUGUACUCAUCUUAAUAUAGCUUUUAAAAGUUAUGACAGAGGCUUCCCUGGUGGCGCAGUGGUUGAGAGUCUGCCUGCCGAUGCAGGGGACGUGGGUUCGAGCCCCGGUCCGGGAAGAUCCCACAUGCCGCGGAGCGGCUGGGCCCGUGAGCCAUGGCCGCUGAGCCUACACGUCUGGAGCCUGUGCUCCGCAAUGGGAGAGGCCACAACAAUGAGAGGCCUGCGUACCGCAAAAACAAACAAACAAACAAAAAAAAUUAUUGAGACAAUCAGAAAUAAUUUUAGGUGUGGUAAUGGCAUUGCUGUUAUAUUUCUAAAAAGUUUUUAUAUCUUAGAUUUUCAUAGUAAAAUAUUUAUCAAUGAAAUUAUAUAUUGUCUAAGAUUAUCUUUAAAAUAACCCAGUAUGCAUAUAAUAUUAAAUGGGUGGAUUUACAAAAUUGUCCAUGAACUGAUCAUUUUUAAAACUGGACUGUUGAUACAUGGUACUAUUCUCCCUAUUACUGUAUAUAGUUGAAAUGUUCCAUAAUACAAAGGUUUUUUUAGAUAUUCCAGGAAAGCCAAAAGAAAAAAUAAGCAGAGAAGCAUUCUGUUUGAAGUUAUUUUGGUUUUUAAGGUUUUCCUUAUUUGUAUUGCAGUUAAGAAACACUGAGCAUCCAAAUCCUGUUCUACACCUUAGAACCUCUCAGAAAUGUAACCCUAAAGAGUGUGUAUACAACAAAGAACAAUAGCAAAAGAAAGCAAAGUAAUGCUCACUUUAUUAUUGGUUGGGCUAAACCCCAAACUUUAUUAAAUAUAAUUACUAGUUCAAUCUAUAAUGU